AUGCCAUCUUCAUCAAGUGUAGAUACUCGAACAUUUAAACAACGAAAAAGUUUCGCAACUCGUAAAGAAGAAGUUGCUGGUAUUCGCAGUAAAUUUCCAAAUAAAAUUCCAGUUAUCGUCGAACGAUAUCACAAAGAAAAAGAUCUACCGAUUCUUGAUAAAACGAAAUUUUUGGUACCUCAAGAAUUAACCAUGUCACAAUUUGUAACAAUUAUUCGAAAUCGAAUGCAAUUAAAUGCUAAUCAAGCAUUUUAUUUAUUGGUUAAUAAUAAAAGUAUUGCUUCAAUGUCUACUUCUAUGGCUGAAAUCUAUCGUGAUGAUAAAGAUGACGAUGGUUUUCUUUAUAUGACUUAUGCGAGUCAGGAGAUGUUUGGUGGUUUAUGUCAAUAA